UUAUCACCAAACAGAAAGUAGUAACUACAAUCGACUUCAAUAGUUGAAUCCUCGAUAAAUUGGCUCUGGUAAUACUGGGUUGGCGGGAAUUUGGAUAAAUAUCUGACGUAACUGAUCGCACUAAAAAAACUAUUUGCUACAAGUAUCCAAGCAAUUGUUACCAGAAAUCAGUCAGUAUGAGUAGUGAACCUCAAGCCAAACGUACCAAAAUGAGUGCAUUAGAUCAACUUAAACAAUUUUCCACUGUCGUGGCUGAUACAGGCGAUUUUGAAGCCAUGAAAGCCUAUAAACCCACAGAUGCUACCACAAACCCAAGUCUAAUUUUAUCUGCUGCUGGUAUGGAGCAAUAUCAACAUUUGCUUGAUAAAGCUAUUAAAUAUGGCAAGGACUGUGGAGGAUCAAUUGAUGAACAACUAGCUGAAACAUUAGAUAUGUUGAGUGUUUUGUUUGGAUGUGAAAUCCUUAAAAUUAUACCCGGAAGAGUAUCAGUUGAGGUUGAUGCCAGAUUGUCUUUUGAUAAGGAUGCUAGUAUGGCUAAAGCAAUCAAGUUAAUUACAAUGUUUGCAGAACAUGGCAUAAAAAAGGAAAGAAUUUUGAUCAAACUGGCAUCAACUUGGGAGGGAAUUCAAGCUGCCAAGGAGCUUGAGAAAAAACAUGGAAUUCAUUGUAAUUUGACCUUGCUUUUUUCUUUAUAUCAAGCAAUUGCCUGUGCUGAAGCUAAUGUUACAUUGAUAUCACCAUUUGUUGGAAGAAUUUUGGAUUGGUAUGUUGAACAUACAAAGAACACAUAUGAGGCAAAGGAAGAUCCAGGCGUAGUAUCUGUUACUCGUGUCUUUAAUUACUACAAGAAAUUUGGCUACAAAACUCAAGUAAUGGGUGCGUCCUUCCGCAAUACUGGUGAAAUAAGGGAACUGGCUGGUUGUGACUUACUCACAAUUAGCCCAAAACUUUUACAAGAGCUUGCCAAUAGUGAACAACCUCUUAAAAAGGCUUUAGAUGCCAAAGUUGCUGCCCAAAGUGAUAUUGAGAAAAUAUCUUUGACUGAAUCUCAAUUCCGUUGGCACUUGAAUGAAGAUCAAAUGGCUACUGAUAAACUGUCCGAAGGUAUCAGGAAGUUUGCUGCAGAUACCAGAAAGUUGGAGUUACUCAUUAAGUCAUUGCUGGCAAAGAAGUAAAUCUAUGAAAGAUAACCAUUUCCCUGUCCUAUGAGUCACAUAUGACUCAUUUUGUUUAUUGUUUAAUGAUUGUAUCUACUGUUUGCACAGGGAAGUUUAUAAUAGUCAUAGUUACAACAUCAAAAACAUUGUUUUAUUUAAACAUUUUUGAGGGACUAAGUACAACUUGUUGUCUUCCAACAUAUUAUUAUGCCGUUAUACAAAUUUAUAUAAAUUUUAUUACAAUUUAAAAGAAAUGUGUAUUUUAAGGGUAUUUUAAUAUUUGUAUACAUUCCUGGUUUUGUUAUUUACAUGGCCUUUUUCAGGUGUGAUGUUAUUUAUAAAAUAAAAAUUUAAAUAGAA